AAUGGCCGUUGCAGUUGGAAGAGGCUACCUUGUUCAGCCUUGCUCCUCUUCUUCAUCCAUAUUUCAUAACAAAAUAUACAAACCCUCAUUGGGUGCAGCAAGCACAUUGUGGUCUACUUCUGCCCCUCGACGUUAUGGACAAAUUGCAGUUCAACCCCAGCAGCGACCAACGUGGCUCCCUGGACUUGACCCUCCGGCCUAUCUGGAUGGAACGUUGGCUGGAGAUUAUGGUUUUGACCCACUUGGGCUGGGAGAAGACCCGGAGAGCUUGAAGUGGUACGUUCAGGCAGAGUUGGUCCAUGCUCGAUUUGCAAUGGCUGGUGUGGCUGGAAUUCUAUUCACUGAUUUACUACGCGUUACAGGGAUCAGUAACUUACCAGUUUGGUAUGAAGCUGGAGCAGUGAAAUUUGAGUUUGCCAGCACAAGAACUUUGAUAGUUGUCCAGUUGUUUUUGAUGGGGUUUGUCGAAACUAAAAGGUACAUGGAUUUCAUUAGUCCAGGUUCACAAGCCAAAGAGGGAUCUUUCUUCGGAUUGGAAGCUGCACUAGAAGGUUUAGAACCUGGCUACCCUGGAGGUCCUCUGCUAAAUCCUCUUGGUCUGGCUAAAGAUAUUAAAAACGCUCAUGAGUGGAAGCUUAAAGAGAUCAAAAAUGGACGACUGGCCAUGAUAGCCAUGCUCGGCAUCUUUGUGCAAGCUUUUGUGACUCAUGCAGGUCCAAUUGAUAACCUUGUGGAGCACCUUUCGAACCCAUGGCAUAAAACUAUUAUUCAAACCCUUGCCAACUCCAGUUCCUGAAUGUAACAAAGGUGGGCUUUUCACCUUUGUCAUGGGCCUUGGUAGGAUGGAAUGUAAAUGACUAUAUUUACCUAUUCUUCUCU